CAGUGCUCACUGCGGGUCGAUACUGCAACGACGUUUGUCAAUAGUUUGCUGCAUGCUGCAAGUAAUAUGGGACUUCUCCCGGACUUGAACCAUGGCGGCGCGGGCUCCAGUUUGCCACUUCCUGUUCUUCUCCUUGCCGGAGUAUCGACCCUAGUAGCAGUGACUGUCAGUGGACUGUCGAUAUGGCUGCAGCUAAGAAAUUAUAGGAAGCCCCUCCUGCAAAGGAUGGUCAUCCGAAUUAUGCUCAUGGUUCCAAUCUACGCCUUGUCAUCCCUAAUUUCGCUUUUCUCGCUAGACGCAGCGUUCUUCAUCGAUGUGAUACGAGAUGUAUACGAGGCUUUCGUCAUUUAUUGCUUUUUCGUUCUUCUCCUUGAUUAUUUGGGCGGCGAGCGUUCACUUCUCAUUCGACUCCACGGACGACCACCUAUCCCCGCCAUAUUUCCUGUCAGUCUUUGGCGACACGAAGUGGAUGUUAGUGAUCCAUAUACGUUUCUCUUCAUCAAACGAGGCAUUCUGCAGUAUGUACAAGUCAAACCUUUAUUAGCAAUUGCCAGCCUCGUCAUGAAAGCAACCGGAACAUAUCAUGAGGGUGAUUUCCGGGCCCGGUCCGGGUAUCUGUAUGUUUCAAUUGUGUAUAACGUGUCCAUUUGCCUUGCAUUGUAUUGCCUUGCAGUCUUUUGGAUGUGUGUAAGCAAUGAUUUGAAGCCAUUUCGCCCUGUACCAAAAUUCCUUUGUGUUAAAGGAAUUCUCUUCUUUUCGUUCUGGCAAUCUAUUGCGGUCUCAACUCUCGUCGCGGCUGGCGUCAUAUCCAAACUUGGACCAUACACGGACAGUGAACACAUCUCCCUCGGACUCACCGACACUUUAAUUUGCAUUGAGAUGCCAUUCUUCGCUAUCGCACAUAUGUAUGCAUUUUCCUAUAGAGACUUCGUUAAAUCAUCACCAUCUGCCAAAGUCCAUGUGGCACGGAUGCGCAUAGGGUAUGCCAUUCGGGAUGCAUUUGGCCUGAAGGACCUGGCUGAGGACACCAAGGCAACACUGCGUGGAGAAGGCAUCAAUUAUCGUGCGUUUGAGCCAAGCGAGGGCGGAAUGCACGUUGGGGCAGCGAGGGAGCGAAGGAUACGUGCCGGCUUGCGCUAUUCCGCGGGCGGAAAACGGAAGUAUUGGCUUCCGGAGGUGACGGGUCUAGGUGACGGAAGUGCCGAAGGUGACCACAGGAAUUGGUUUGGCAACAAUGGAGACGUUACUGCUCCACUACUCGCGGAACACGCAGGGAAUAUUGUUCAUCCCGCGCCCGACAUACAAUAUCAGAGACAACGGCAAACCAUACGAAUUCCCGGCGACGACGUGGACGUGGAGGACGACGAUGAAUAUGCACUACACUUCGAUGAUGGUCUAGCCACCGCGGAUGAUUCACUUUAUGACCAUGCGAAGAAUUAUGUCUUCGGUGACUACGCGUACCCUGUUGUGGAUGUUAGCUCCGAAGAAGCGCGUUACGCGAUGUGGGCUGCGGAAGAGAGAGUUGUUAGAGAAGGGGUUCACGUCAAUGUUCACAGAAAUGUCAUUGGUGCGAGCAGUGGUGGAGGCUAUGGUGCAACGGGUACUCGGGCUGGUCAAAUACACAAGUAUGAGGAUGGUAAGGACGAAGUGUUCGCUUCAGAAGAUCUUGAGGAAGGCGGACGGAGGGCAGAAUCCAAUGCAUCGAGGAAGUUGAGGUGGUCAAAUGCCAGAAGUAAUGGAGCUCCAUCACCAUCAAUCCCUGGCUCGUUAAGCUCAUCUGCGAGUUCAGGCAAUCAUCUGCGCUCCUCAGGGUCAUCAUCGCGACAUAACUCACAGAUAUCUCAUGAAUCACGUCCGAGACUGCUGUCUGGAAGUAAUGUUAACGUUCGCGCGUCGUCUCCAUAUCUCCACUCUUCGCCUUCACACUCGCGAUCGAACCUUGGUACUCCAUCACCCCGCUUACUUUCUUCUGGAUUGCAUUCCCACCUGUCCCCUUCUCCUCGUUCUCCACUCGCGGAGCCAGACGCUGUAGACCUUGUUGUGUCCACCGAUACGCUCCCGGUGCCCUCAAGCUCGCAUGCUGUCCAUACUUCUAUGCGCACCCCAGGCUUAAAACGUAUCUGGGAUCAGAAUGGGGAUUUCCGUGUUGAAUCCUCGGUUGGAUUAGAAGAAAAUGACAGGUGGUCUAAUGACCGUCGCGUCGUCUUAAGUGAAGUUGAUGAGGAACAUGAUAUACAGACAGAGGAGCCUAUUGUUCCGGAGGGGCACGAGCCAGAGGAAGUAGUACGCGCUCAGACGCCGCCUCCACAUGCUCGGGCUUGGACCUAUGGAACCAAGAGUCUAGGGGAGGACGAACAGAAUCCGUGGACGUGAAACCAUGAUCAAAGGACUCAGAUGCUCGACAUGCAUGCCGAGAUACCCUCUCAUAUACAUAACUUAUUCACGUUGUACAACAUUCAUGGAGCUUUCUUGAUUAUCUUUUAAAAGUUAGUUGUCGAUAGGCUUGGUGAGAUUUGUGUCUUUGGCUGCGCGCAGUCAAGCUGCGGUUGUGUUUACUCCUGAGACUGUACAGCCUUUCCAUAUGUGCAGCAAAGUGUGGCUAUGCGAGUCGUG